AUGCCCAAGCUCAGCCUCUACCACCCGCGCCCCAAACAUAUGCCCAAGCUCAGCCUCUACCACCCGCGCCCCAAACAUCUGCCCCAGCUCAGCCUCUACCACCCGCGCUCCCAAACAUCUGCCCCAGCUCAGCCUCUACCACCCGCGCCCCAAACAUAUGCCCAAGCUCAGCCUCUACCACCCGCGCCCCAAACAUCUGCCCCAGCUCAGCCUCUACCACCCGCGCCCCAAACAUAUGCCCAAGCUCAGCCUCACCACCCGCGCCCCAAACAUCUGCCCCAGCUCAGCCUCUACCACCCGCGCCCCAAACAUCUGCCCCAGCUCAGCCUCUACCACCCGCGCUCCAAACAUCUGCCCCAGCUCAGCCUCUACCACCCGCGCCCCAAACAUCUGCCCCAGCUCAGCCUCUACCACCCGCGCCCCAAACAUAUGCCCAAGCUCAGCCUCUACCACCCGCGCCCCAAACAUAUGCCCCAGCUCAGCCUCUACCACCCGCGCCCCAAACAUCUGCCCCAGCUCAGCCUCUACCACCCGCGCCCCAAACAUAUGCCCAAGCUCAGCCUCUACCACCCGUGCCCAAAACAUCUGCCCCAGCUCAGCCUCUACCACCCGCGCCUCAAACAUCUGCCCCAGCUCAGCCUCUACCACCCGCGCCCCAAACAUCUGCCCCAGCUCAGCCUCUACCACCCGUGCCCAAAACAUCUGCCCCAGCUCACCCUCUUACACUCCCGUGCCUGCGUGUCCUCCUCCGUGUGGUCUUCUUCAAACCAGCCAGAAUCAUGUGGGUGGAGCCUGGAGCUGGUGGUGCCUCCUGUUGGCAUCAUCAACGUCUUCCUCAGUGGCUUUUUACAAACAAUCGUGCCGUUCUGUGUCGAUGCCAGUACUAAGAACUUCAUCAGCUAUUAUUUCAUUUUGAGAGUUCGGUUUAGGAGAUAA